GCCCCCACCCCAAAAAUACGAUCUCGGCGUCGUCUGAAAGUUAACCUAGCAAAAACUUACACCACGAAAAAUAUAAAUGGAACAUUAAAGAAAAAUGCACGAUUAUAAUCUAACGUAAUGAAAUUCUUUAUAUUUCAAUUGGGAAUAAACAAAUUGAAAAAACUUGGAAAUAUACGUGAUAGAAAAUAACUCACGUUGUCUUAAAGUUUAUCGCUGUAAGUUGCACGUUAUGUUACAACAAACCACAUUUAAUUCGUUGCUCACACGUUAUAGGAACAAGAAUGAUACUAUUAUUUUUGCAAUUUUAUGAAAUAAUUGUCUUCUUGGGCCAGAUAGAUAUAUGAAGAUUUCAAAAUUGAAAUUCAAAUACUGUCAGAAAUUAUCGUGCACGUCACAUUUUACGUGAUUGUGCUGCCAUCAUAUUACCAGUGAAAAAGACACUUCUGACAAAACUAAAAAUUUUCAAAUUUAUAUCUGGAAAAUAAUCAAAAAUGUAAUGAAAUCAAACAGAUUUUCGAUCCAUAAAUGUUUUUAAAUGCAAGAACUUUUAUUAAUUUCCUUAAAAAGUGCUUCUUAUGUUAUAUUGCUGAACUAUUUAAUUCAUGAUAAAUAAUAAGUUGCAGAAGCAGAUUGUUUACAGAAAUUUACAAACAAGUCAAAUGAAAUACAUAUUAGACUAUUUAUAGGUUACUUUCAAUGUUUAAUUCGUAAAUACAGAAAUAUAUAAAUAUAAAGAUGCAUUAUUAAAUACUACUUUAGUACAUUAUUACAUACAUUAUUAAAUACACUUAAAGUACAAAUACAUUAUUAAAUACACUUAAAGUACAAAUUAAGGCUCUGGAAAUAUAUAAUAUCAAUGUUUAGUAAAAAUAGCAUCAAUUUACAAACAGAUUGUAAUGAAAAAAAAAAUUAUUAUACCAAGGAUACCAUGGAAAAAGAAGUUAUAAAAGCAUUACAAAAAGAAGAAUAUACACUAAAUACAGUAAAUAGUUAUGGAGAGAAUUUGUUACACAUUAGCGCAGCAAAUGGAUGCCUUGAUAUUGUAAAAGAAAUUUUCCGAAAACAUGAUUGCUCUCAAAUUAUCGAUAGAAAAAAUAAAUUUGGUUGGACACCAUUAAUGUUAGCAAUUCGUAAUAAACAUAUUGAAAUGGUGAAAUAUCUUUUACAGAAAGAUGCUAACAUAAAUGAAUCAACUUAUUUAGGCAUGUCUGUUUUUGGAUUAGCAGCAGCAAUAAAUAAAACUAUGUUUGAAACUGUAUACGAAGCAUGUCCAGCAGCACUUUUAAAUUCUCUAAACGAUGAUAUUACACCACUUUGCAUUGCUGCUAUGAAAAAUGAUAAAAAUUUAUUUUUUAAAUUGAUAGAGUUAGGAUUUGAUGUUUCCAAAAAUAAUUACUAUACUCACAUUAUGAUGGAACAAUCAACAGUACCAGAAAUAAGAAACUUAGCAGAACAUUUUAGUACGGAAAAUUAUUGGAAUGAUAAUUCGGAUAACAUUCCUACAGAAAAUAAAUCAAUUGAAAAUAACUACUUAAAUUUUUCCAAAUUAAUAAAUGAAAAUAACAAUAAUCUGUCUUCUUUAAAUGUUUGCAAUACAUUUGAUAUUACAACAUCCAAUCCUAAUGAUUGUAAUAACAAUAUAAAAAAUUCAAAAAAAUUUUUUAAAUCUUUUACAUUAAGUUUACCAACAAAUCAUGUAGAAAAUAUUCAGUGUAGUUUAAUUUCACCCACCUUGACUCUUAAUGAAAUGUUACCUAGUUCUCCAAAUAUUUAUUUUACACAAAAUAAAUAUAGUAAGGAAAUUAAUAUUACAGAUGAAACAAAAGAUAAACAAUUAUAUAAAAAUGAAGUAGUAUUUUCUUAUGCAAAAAGUAAUGGAAAUGUAAAUGAAUUACCUUUGCAGAGAUUGCAGUCUGUUCGACCACCAGACUUAAAUAUCCAACACAAAGAAGAUCUUGAUACUACUCUUGAAUAUGUACCUGAAUUUAGUCCACUGCGACCAUCAAACGUUCCUCCAAAUAUAAAUGAUGAAAAUGUAUUUGGAGAAAAUACACCAACACCACCACGUUACAGGACACCUCCAAGAGGAAUGAUUUUAAAUCCAGAAGAAGCAAAAAUGUUUGUUUUACUAAAACAUCAUGGAUUAAGUCAACACUUGCCUAUAUUUCUCAAACAAGAAGUAAAUAUAUCCUAAUUUUAUUGCAAAUUACAAUAACAAUGCUGAUUGAUACCAUACUAACUAAUAAGUUAUAUAUUUUAUUUGUUUUCUAAUAAAAUACAACAAUUACUUACUAAAUAUUAUAUUGUAAUUCAAUGUUUAUUUAUUUUAGGUUGACAUUGAUUUGUUUAUGACUUUAACUAAUGAAGAUUUAAUUGAAAUUGGUAUAGAAAAUGAAGUUGAUAGAAAGGCUAUAUUAGAUGUUAUAAUAUAUUAUAAAAAGUCAAACAUAUAAGAAUACAUUUGUUGUCGUUAUUAAUUAUAUUUAAUUAUGUGUUAUUGUUUCAUUUUAUUUUAUGAUUUAAUGUAUAACAAUUAAAAAUAUAUUAUAUUAUGUACUUAAUACUAAUGAUUAAUGAUUUCUAUUUUUAAUAUUUAUUAUAUAAGCAUAUUAUUUUUUUUUAAAUAACUUAAUAUAAAAAAAAUAUAUACGACACUUUUAGUUUUGCUUAAGAUGUUCUUAUAUACGAAAUUGUUGUAAAAUUUGUGUAUUUUUAAUAUGAGAUAAUACUUUGUUAAUAAGUUCAGUUUUUUUUGUUUUAGAAUUAUGUGGAAUUGAAUGCUUUUUGA